UUUAAGGUGAUCCAACUCCAAAAAAUGGAGGCCGGAGAGACAUGGAAUGUCUCCCUUGAAUGGCCUCCACCCUCUCUUGAUCUUUCAACAAUCACACAAACACCAUCAACGAUAGUCGGAAGUGGAAUUCCUUUGAACUACGCUGGACUUUCUCUUAUUGUUAUUCCACUCAUCACGCUACUUGGAAACCUUCUGGUAAUAAUAUCAGUACUCCGGUACCGAGCACUGCAAUCAGCCAUCAAUUUCCUUAUCCUAGGCCUGGCUGUGGCGGAUCUUUUGGUGGCCAUCAUAGUUAUGCCAUACGCGGUUUAUGUAUAUGUCACCAACGGCGACUGGUAUCUAGGAAAUCUAAUGUGUGACAUUUACAUGGCAUCUGAUGUGUGCUGUAGCACAGCUUCUAUUCUUCUUCUUGCCGUAAUUUCAUUCGAUCGAUACCGUGCAGUCUCUUUACCAAUUCAGUAUUCAAGACAGUCACAAAAUGUGAAACGGGUAUGGACAUUGAUAGCUGUUAUAUGGUUGGUCAGCCUAACAUUAGCCAGUCCAAUGGUUUUUGGAGUAAACGUUCGUCCACCAGAUGCUAACCCAUACGAGUGUCGAUUCUACAAUGCUGAGUUUUCGAUCCUCAGUUCUAUGAUCUCGUUUGUUAUUCCUUGUUUUCUAGUACUUUUCGUCUAUAUUCGAAUUAUAAUUGCUCUAAAAAAACGAGAAAAGGCAGCUAAAAUGAGGAGAGAGAAGAACACAAUUGCGCACGGUUUAACAAUGAGGCCUGAUACAGGCGAAGAGCAAGUUGACGAAGAAGCUGCAGGGCGUAUUGUUGCUGGACCAGUGGUGAAUGUCAUGAUGGCUGCUCUACCAUCAAUGACUCGUCGGAUGAGACAAUUCGAACGACAUCGUCGCGCAAUUGAACUCGCAGGUGAUGAAGAAUGGGAGGAAGAUGAGCUGGACGUUAUGGAUGAGUGUUGUGGGGGUGACGAUGCCGGUGACGAUGAUGAUGAUUAUCAUGCUGAUAAUGGACAGGGCGUCGUUGAGGCAUCGGCACCUCGUACCACUUCCAUGCUCCGAAGGAUCAUAAACGCAGCGUCUGUCGGAACAGCAAACUCGACUGCGCAGAGUGUUGCUUCAGCGUCCGGCAUGCCUGCCUUCUUCGCCCAAAAUAUUUCCACCACCUCUCCGUCUUCUUCUUCGUGUGCUCGUACAACUACUACUACUUCUGCAAUACCGAAGGCAUCCGGUGAUCUACCACUUCCUAUGCUCCUGAAUGAAAGAGAAUUUGGAAAUAGUUCGACACCACGAUCAAGUCUUGAAUCACUUUCGGAAAAUGUCAACGUGAUUACAAAUGAUUUUGUGUCGGAGAAUUGCACCACAUUUUCAAGAAGAUCGUCAUAUGCUGACGACUCCCAACCAACAUCGUCUCAAACUUCAUCCGGAGAUGGUCGAAGUUACAGUAUCAAAGGACAAAAAAGAUUUAGAAAUUUGUCAAGAAACUAUUCAACAAAACAUCAUAGAAAAGUAGUGAAAGUGAAUAGAGGCAAUUCUAGAAAUAAUUCAAGAACAGCAUCAAUAACAAAUCAAUCAGAUGAUGCAUUGAUUCCUGCAAUUAUUCGAACAAUCUCUAGAAAAAGUCCCCGUUUAUUCCGAAGAGAUAAGACUGAUAUUAAAAAACAUUCGAUGAUAUUAGCCAAUCCAAUAACUGAACCUCCAAAGGAAUACCGACGAGUAUCAAUGCCAAUUCAUCCAACAAAUUCACAAACUGAAACUGAAACUAUUUCUGCAUCACGAGAUAUUGAAAAUCUUCCCACUACGACAAUUAGCAGAAGUACGACGGCAAAUAGCGCAGAACUACUUGGAUCACCAGAUGAUUUUGAAAAGUUUCCAGCGUUGAUUACUGAAACAGUUUUAGAAGAUGUAUUAGCUGAAACAAGAGAAGGAUGUUUUAUGCAACCGACUGUUAGUUUUGCAUUAACAGUUAGAGAAAUGGAAGGAAAUGCUUUGAAUAAUUUAAAAGGAUGCAGUGUUGAAUCGAGUCGACGUGUUUCGCAAGUUGAUCCUCCCUUGGCCAUUCAAAUAUUAACAAGACCCAGUUUACCACAUCUUGACCUCCAACGAAUGGAUUCAAUUGGCACUACAUGCUCAUCAAAAACACGUGCCGAUAGCUUAAGGUCCGUCGACUCGAAAGGCUCAAAGAAAAGCAAUCGAAAUGGGAUUGCUGUCAAGUUGGUCAAGAGGGCUAUCAAGCAUGAGCAUAGUUUGAAGAGGAAGGUCUCAAAAGCACAACGUAAAGAGAAACGAGCCACAAAGACAUUGGGUGUUGUUGUUGGAGUAUUUCUUGUGUGCUGGGUUCCAUUCUUUGUUAUUAAUAUUUUGAAUGCAGUUUGCAUUUUGCUCAAUAAAGAUUCGUGUCAGGUUGGCUAUGAUCUCUUCUUCUAUUGUACGUGGAUUGGUUACAUGAAUUCAUUCAUGAAUCCCAUUAUCUAUACAAUCUUCAACACGGAAUUCCGUCGUGCUUUCAAAUCAAUUAUAUUCGGCCGAAAUUCAACACGCCACCAUUUCAGUAACAAGCAGGCGCAUGUCUAAUAUAACUUUUUUUCAAUUUUCCAUGGGUUUUUUGGGUGUUCGGGUCAACUGAUGUUUAUGAUCUCUUAAUUUAAAACUGAAACGAUGUGCCAAAAGUUAGGAAUUUUGUCUGAUAUGUACAAAAUAAAUAUUUUAAUUUU